GAGAAAUUGCUGGCAAAAUAUUUUAAUCUUGUCUUUUCACGUAUAAAAAGGGAGGAGUCGCUGACUGGACAUGUGAAUAGACGAAGCUCAUUCUUCCAGAGGAUGCUGUUCCUGUGUUUAGCGGUCCUCGUAGGCCUGGCUGCCGCCAACCCACCCCGCAUCAUCUUCGACUGCACGGGUGCGGACGGGGUGCUGUGGUUUGCGUGCGGUGCCUACGGUCUGUGCCGAGGCGGCCAGUACUCGCAGAUCGACUGCGUCAACGGCACGGUGUACAACCAAGACGCACAGCAGUGCACGCAACGCGACAACCGGGUGCCGCCACCCUGCAACAGACCGAUUCCUAACUGCGCGCAGUUCAUCAGCCCCGACUUCCCCGUCAGACGCAUCGCAGACCGCGAGCCUGAUCCUCAGAGGAACCGCCCGCCCUGCAGCUUCUACUUCACCUGUGCCAACAGCACCUUCAUGGGCUACCAGCUCUGCCCGCCAGGAACAGUGUACGACGAACAGGACAUGCGCUGUGAACGACCAGAAAGAGUUCCGCCCGACUGUGGUACCGGUCCACAGCGUCCCACACCGGCUCCCAUCAUCUUCAGCAUCACCGACCGCAACAACAACGGCCGAGGCCCUCUCAACAGCGGGACCAACACCCCCUACCAGCCUCCAAACUCUGGCAAUCCCACCUUCCCCUACCAGCCCCCAAACUCUGGCAAUCCCAACUUCCCCUACCAGCCCCCAAACUCUGGCAACCCCAACAACCCUUACCAGCCCCCUAGUGGCGGAACAGCUAAGCCCAUGCCUAAUUACGGGGUUGAUCCUUGGUAUUAUCUCCGCUUUAGGCGGUAUUGAGUCUCUUAAACUCCCCUUACAGAAGAUAAAAAGGUCUUGUACAUCAUCGCCAUAAAUGGCGGCAUUAAGAUUUUUUGUCAUCGGGUAGCAGCCAUCUUUCACUUCCUGAAGCAUGCAGCAGUCUAACUUUAGGAUUUUUAAAACAUCUCUUAAAAGCUCCACGAUUAUUAAAGGUGGAUAAUCUUUACUAAAAUUGUAGCAUAAAGAAAAGUUUCUGUAAUCAGCACAAAAUGACUUUGUUUCCAAGCUAAACAAAUGCCAUUAUUUUUCCAGCUGCAAUUUAUUCUGUGUGAAAUACUUCUAGUGGGAUAGAGAAGCACUUUUUAAAAAUAACCAACAGUAUUCCAGGAAAAUGUAGCUUAUUAUAACAGCGUUUAUCUUUUAAAAUUUUCAUUUCAAAGCUUUGUAUGUGUGCAGGCUUUUUCCUUUAUCCCACCUUCCCCCCAAAUGGUUGUGUUUCCACUCAUCUCGUUGACCUAACCCCCCUAAUGGGUCACGUGACAGCACUUUGUCACACUUAGGUCAUAGUGUAGUCCAAAUCAUAUCAUGUGUUGUUGUUGUUGUUCUCUUACCGAGCGAACCUCAUGCAUAGACAUUGUACCUAUAAAAACAUUCUACCAUCGUGUACCCUUAGCGUGUUUCUCUCUACCUUCCGCUGUCCACCGCAUGUACCCGCUUUUGUUCAAACGCAAAGUGAAGGGGGUGACCCUCCCUCGGCCUGCGCUGUAACCUGAAGCUUCGCAUUUUACUGGUCAUAAGCUGUGGAGACGAGGUUAGACAAAGAAAUAAAUGCAUUAACUGUCGUUACCUGCUGGAA